AUGCCUCGCCACAUAAAAUCACCCUCCAAAGUCUGCUACACCUCCCUCUUCAUCCAAACUCCUUACAAGGGCAUCCAGCCUAUCAGUGUCAAGAAACACCCCGAGUUACGCCAGGUUCUUCAUGAUUCUCUUCAACCCGCAAAGAAGAAUCAGAACAUGAGCGAAGCAGAGGCCAUACUUGAGUGCCUCGUGACGACCGCCCACAAUAGGAUGGCUAAAGGGGACCUGGAAGAAGAGGCUCUUCUGUACGUCAGGGGAAUGCUUGUGCUUUUGGACGACCCCGACCUUCCUUACUAUCGUACAGCGGCAAGAGUGUUGAAGUCUAUCCCGCCAGAUAUAAAGGAACACCUCAUAAAGAGGGUACUCGACAAGCCAUGA